AAAUGACAAAUAAUGUAUUGAUCAUUAUAGGUUACGUUAUUUGUUGAUGUCGUGGAUAGUGUUUUAUAAAGUAACUAAUACUUACGUUCGCUUACUAAUCUGAGUUUUAUAAUAUGUCUGCGAUAUUCGAUUUUCAAAGUUUACUUACCGUGGUCCUGUUGCUAAUAUGUACCUGUGCAUACCUAAGAGGGCUUUUCCCUAGCAUUAUGGAUAGAAAUAAAGUUGGAGUUAUGGGAACAUUUUGGAAGUGCGCAAGGAUCGGGGAAAGGAAGUCCCCGUGGAUAGGAGCCUGUUGCAUUCUAAUGGCAUUGUCAAUAUUGUUUUUCAAAUGAACUUUUUAAAAUAAGUUUUUUUAUAAAUAUUUUUGUAUCAUUAAACCAAUAAAAUUAUUA